GUCGAAUUGCUCCUCUACAUUGCUCCGCUAAUUGGUCCGAUACAACCUUGACUUUCACUUUCGUCUGCUAGACGAGCACGUGGUUUCGUUUGACAGUUUGUAUUCUUUCUGUUUCGAUAGAUGGCGACCCUGUUUCUUCCAAUUGUCGGCCAUUCUCUCAACAGUUGCAUUUCCGUCGAAGAUGGCAGUGUCUACAGAGACAAAUGUUGUGAAAUAAAUUUUUCGGAAUGAUUUAUCAUGGUACCACGACCGUGUCUCUGAUCUAAGAUGUAUUUUGAAAUUAGUUUGUGUUUGUUAAUAUGAUAAUUUGUCGAUCACAUCUUCAUGGAUAUACGUGAUCCGUCGCGAUAUAGUUGUGCAUUUUACUUGUUGCUGUUGUGCUAUAACCUUCCCACGUGUACUUUUUAGUUUCAUCUGAGUUCUUCCUUUUCGACGAAUAAAUUAUUGACACAAUGGGAGAUACAUUGCACAAAGAUAGAUACGAGAUAUCAAAUUUAGCAAUGCGCAGUGGAGGUAAUAUAGGAGGUGAUAGUGAUAUGAAACUGGAACCCUCUAGUCCCACAGAGAAGUAUACCUUUUCUCGUUGUAGUAGUACUGGGUCAGUGAAUACACCGUCUUCGUCUGCUCAUAAUACAGAAGAUGAAGAUAGUGAUAACAAAAAUUCAACUAUAAGUUACAAAGAACGUAGGAGGGAGGCUCACACACAGGCUGAACAAAAGAGAAGAGAUGCUAUCAAAAAAGGAUAUGAUUCUCUUCAAGAUUUGGUUCCUACUUGUCAACAUACUGAUUCCUCUGGUUAUAAACUUUCUAAGGCUACUGUACUUCAAAAAUCCAUCGAUUAUAUACAAUUCUUGUUGCAACAGAAGAAGAAACAAGAGGAAGAACGUAAUGCAUUAAGAAAAGAAGUUGUAGCAUUGCGCAUUAUGCAAGCUAAUUACGAACAGAUUGUGAAGGCUCACCAGACUCAACCAGGGCAUGCAGAAAUGCAUAUACCUGAUGAAACCAAAUUUCAAGUGUUCCAGGCAAUUAUGGAUCGUUUAUUUCAAACAUUCAAUAACAUUUCAGUAGCAAAUUUUGCAGAAUUAUCUGCAUGUGUGUUUAGUUGGUUAGAGGAGCAUUGUAAACCUCAAACUUUACGUGAAGUAGUACUCUCUGUUCUCCAGCAGCUUAAUAGCCAAAUCAGCUAGUCAUAUAUAUAUAUAUAUUUUUUUAUUAGAUUAUUUGUGAUUGCACAACUUUAUAAAAUCUAUUUGCGGGUACUUAGAUCAAUUAAAUAGAGUUACCAGAAAGGAUCGGAGUAUGAGUUUUUGCAUAAUAUGGGUAGCAUAAUGAUUAUACAAGAAAUAUAAAUAGAAAUUUAUUUUAUAUACUAAUAUUAUAGGUGUAACAUGGUAUGUUAUUUGAUAGUGACCAAUAUUAAAUAUUUUUAACAGAGAAUUUUUUAUGAACUUUGCAGCAUAUAUGUAUAAUACAGAAUGUAUAUGAUUGUAUUGACUUGUAUAUAUGAUUGAAUUGUACAUAAUACGUUGACUUGCAACAUCAUAGUAUAGUUUGAAAUAAAAAUCAAAUUGUGUGCAUUUA